UUGAAAAAUGACGAUUUCAAAACUGCCCUACGUCAACAUAUAAAACAAUAUGUUCCAAUCAUCUUCAAGUCAAGCAAUCCCAAUGACCAAGAACUGACACAUGAAAGUAGAUUAUGCCAGAAGUUGAUGUUUAAUGUUUUUGAUCAAUUUAUUUGCAAUGGGGAUCCAAACAUUGUUUUCAAAGAUUUGAAAAAAAUGGAAGAACCUCGGGUAGUUUGCCUGAAAGUUUUUAAAUUAGGAGAGCCAACUUAUUCUUGUAGGUCAGUAACUUGUGGUAUGGACCCUACAUGCGUUUUAUGCGUUGAUUGCUUCCAAAAUAGUUCACACAAGCUCCAUAAAUAUAAGAUGUCUACAUCUGGUGGUGGUGGGUACUGUGAUUGUGGUGACCUCGAAGCCUGGAAAGCUGACCCUUUGUGUGAUCUGCAUAAGUUGGAGUUAGAGAAGGCAAUGAAAGAUGAGGUGUGUAUGUGUGUGAACUUAACUGAAGAGAUGAAGGCUCGCCUGGAAGCUCUCUUCUACCACUUGACUUACUACUGCAUGCAGAUGCUGACGAUGACACAUGAUUUCAUAACCCUUGAAGAUGACUUGCAACCAAAAGAGAAUGAAUCGAUUAUGGAGAGUAACAAACUGAUUACGAUGCUCUUCAACGAUGAGGUGCACACGUAUGACCAGGUAACCAGUGCCUUGAAGCAAGCAAUCAGUUGCAGCAAGCAUGUUGCCUACGAUAUUGCAACAACUGUUGAUAGAGAAGGCAGAUGUGUUGUAAAGGUAGGAAACAUGUCGGAAUGCUCAAGAGUCAAACAAGUUAUUGAGGUUGGUGUUGGCCAGAUCAAUGAAUUCUUCCCACUGAGUGUCCACAUCAUGAGUCCUUACGUUGUGGCCCAUCAGUCAUUUGCCUUGCGAGCCAUCGCUUGGAUGAAAGCUCUCUUUGAUGAUUACAGCGUUUUGAGAACUUAUUUUGCUGAACUGUCAAUGUCAAAGACCAAAUGGUGCAGCACAUCUCUGGUGGAAUGGUCGCUUAUGGAUGAAACAAAAAUGUGGAAAAAUGCCAGAUCACAGACGAGACAGCUUUUCAUGACAGGAAUAUUUUUGAAUUUGAAUCUGAAAAAAAGAUUUGCAGUUAUUUUUGCAAAGGUGUACGAUACAAUCAUACAAAGUUAUGUCAAAGAUGACUGUGACCACUCAAUCAGUGUUGUCUCAGAGAGCAUACAAUUGUUUACUGUGCCAUCAUUGGUUAUACGUUUUGUUGUCUAUCUUUGUGGCUGUUGUUGUCGCUGUUAUUGCUGCUGCCGCUGUUCGCGCUGCUGCUACUUCUACUAUUACUAA